CGUAAUCAUCAGAGCUGAGAACAAUUCUUACGGUGCUUGGAAUAUAAUACCGGUACAUUCUAAUCGGUCAAACUUAGAACAGCAUAAAAACGGGAAAUAGACCUUAUUUUUAUUUUAGUUCCUGCUCCAGCAAAGAUGCCGUCGUCGUGGGGUAGCAAACUUGAACAGAAAUUGAACGGAUUAGCCGAUACCGCCAGCAAAGAUUCCGUCCAAACACUCUCGAAUUGGAUUGGAUUCAAUCGCAAGCGCACUUCUACUAUAACGACUAUAUUGACAAGAGAUCUAAUAGAUAACAAAAACAACGCGAAGCGUCAGUGGAUGUACUGGAGACUGAUUCACCAGGUUUUGCUGAACAGCAAUGAAGACGAGGGCAAAUGGAAAAAACUCGCCGAAUUGCGUGUUGCACUGGGAGAGGCACUACAGCCGGCAAUGAAACAACUGGGGAGUAGCAUAGCAGAGGAGCUGGGGUUAUAUCUAGAGGAAUGGGAAGACAAAAAUGUAUUCGGAGGGCCUUCAUUGAUAUCACAAAUUCGAAGGCUUUACCAAAAUAGAAAUAAUGUUGCGACAACAACAAACAAAACAGCUGCAACGAAARCAUCUGUACCAGCAGAGGAUUUGAGCAUUCAAAGUAGCUCAACGAAAGCACAGUUGGAAGUUUCUGGUUCAUCUGCACAAAUCAAAACAGAAUCGAGCAAAGACGACACGACAGCAGAAACUAAUGCAAAUGUUGGAGAUGCGUCGAUAGACCACUCACCGCACAAUGGCAACACAGUGUACCCCGGUCCCGACAACAACGAGGAAGAGGCUACUACUAAGGAGGAAAAAGAAUACGAGGCACAGAACGGCACUAAAAUGUCUUUAACUGAAGAUGUUCCGACGAAAUCACCCUCGCCAGGAAAACGGAAUUCUUUCCUCAACCAACAAGUGGACUAUGACUUCGAAAGCACGGUAAGCCAAUACUACAGAAUCGCUGAACAMUUUAGAUUCCUUGUUUUCGAUAGAAUCGACAGAACUGUGAACGACUGCACUCACCUUGUCAUCACUUCUUGUUCCAGGGUGUUCCGUCUGGCAAAGUCGAGUCGCGUGAGUUUUUAGAUCCGUGCAAGGCAAUCACGACCCUCCAGAUCGCACGCGAUGUCCGAACAAGUACCGCCGUCGAAAUAAGCACAGAGUUGACCAAUUUGCCUGCCGACGUUCUGGCAGCAUGCGAGGAUCUGAAGAGCGGAAAAGUUACGGAACUGGAUACUGCUACCACCAACGAAUUCUCUGUUCGCAUUCCGUCGAAUCUCAUUGAUUUGGACAUCGACGAAGAAACCUCUAGCUUGAAUACGUUCCAAGACAUCGUGCAGCGACAAAAGAAAGCCCGAGAAAAACUCAUUUACUUGUUAUUAAAAUCUAGAUGCCAAUUUGGAUCGGUGGAAGCUGCWGGUGAAUUUUUCAAAUUGGAAGCCCUUUCCCAAAAACUGAAAAAACGCAAAGAAUUGCUGAGUGAUGCACUCGAGUUGGAGGGAGUGGACACAAGCGAGAUCGUCGUAAAUGAUUCUAAAAGCAAACGGGAAGAAUUCGAAGAAGACUUGGCUCCGUUGACGUGGUACAAUCCCAGUGAAAGCAGCAAGAAGCAAAAGGUGUUGUAAAGUCUAUAGAAACAGUUGUUUCCCARGAGACGCGGCUGUCGCCCUUAUGAGGUCUGUUCACUUAACACUAAUUCUAUUUACUAUUUUUUGUGCCCUCUAUAUGGGCGACUUGUAUGUUGUAGGAAUCUCUUCACCAAUGGUAACAUGGUAUUCAUACGAAGAUGUAACAWUUCAAUCAGAUAGUCUCGAGUGGGCAAUCUAGUUUUCUUUCUUCGACAUUGUUCUGACAGAUGGAAACAAUGAAAACAUACCAWURCA